GAACACAGGCCAUCUAGCCGAGAGAUGCCUUCUAUGGGUCUGGUGAUGGAGAACAGCCAGGUGCUCCCGGCCUUCCUGCUCUGUAGCACACUGCUGGUCAUCAAGAUGUACGCUGUGGCUGUCUUCACAGGCUACACCAGGCUUCGGAAGAAGGCUUUUGCCAACCCAGAGGAUGCACUGAAACAUGGAGGCCUCCAGUACCACAGAAGUGAUCCAGAUGUGGAGCGCUGCCUCAGAGCCCACCGCAACGACAUGGAGACUAUCUACCCCUUCCUCUUCCUGGGCUUCAUCUACUCCUUCCUGGGACCUGAACCUUUGAUCGCCUGGAUACAUUUCCUUGUUGUCCUCACAGGCCGUGUGGUGCACACGGUAGCCUACCUGGGCAAGCUGAACCCACGAAUCCGCUCGGGAGCUUAUGUCCUGGCCCAGUUCGCCUGUGUUUCCAUGGCUCUGCAGAUUCUCUGGAAAGUGGUCCGCCAUCUGUGACCAGUGACUGAAGCCCCUUCAACUAUUACAUUCUGGACAGAAGCCACUGAGGCUGAACUUGGGGACUUGGUGUUCCUUUUAGAACAGGGAUGGGCUCUGG